AUGGAGGAUGAUGGUGUGGAAUGUUUGUCAAGCUGUGAUGAGAUCUAUGAGAAACACAUUUAUCACCGCCGCCGACGUCUCCGCCGUCUUCCAUUGGCCUCUACGGAUAAGUGUCGAGCCACUAACCUCCAUGAACUUCUCAAAUGCCCUGUCUGCACAAAAUCUAUGUACCCACCAAUCAACCAGUGCCUGAACGGUCACACUCUGUGCUCCAUUUGCAAAUUGAAAGUGAAGAACUGCUGCCCAACUUGUAGAGAAGAACUUGGAGACAUCAGAUGUCUGGCAUUAGAGAAAGUCGCUGAGUCACUGGAGCUUCCUUGCAAGUAUAGCUCUUUUGGAUGCUUAGAGAUCUUUCCUUACUACAGAAAAGUUAAGCAUGAGGCUAGGUGUGACUUCAGACCAUACAGUUGCCCCCACCCUGGACCUGAGUGCUCGGCAGUUGGGGAUAUUGCUUUUCUGCUUGAUCAUCUGAGAGUUGAUCACAAGGUUGAUAUGCAUAAUGGAUGCAGUUUUGAUCAUCUUUAUGUCAAUUCCACUCCCCGGGAGACGGAAAAUGCAGCCAAGAUGCUUAUGGUAUUCAGCUGUUACAGCCACUACUUCUGCCUGCAUUUUGAAGCCUUCCAACUGGGCAUUGCACCAGUUUACAUUGCAUUUCUUCGUUUCAUGGGUGACGCAGUUGAAGCACGAACCUUCAGCUACAGACUGGAAGUUGGAGCACACGGAAGGAAACUAAUAUGGGAGGGAACCCCUAGGAGCAUACGUGAGAGCCAUCAGAAGGUGAGGGAUAGCCAUGAUGGUCUCAUAAUCCAGAGGAACAUGGCACUUUUUUUCUCCACUGGAGAAAGGAAGAAGCUCAGGCUUCGGGUCACCGGACGGAUAUGGAAGGCUGCGAGCACCUAGUUUAGAGCAUCUGUAACCCUUUGCUGUCACAUGUUCAUUCCUUCUUAUUAUGUCAAGUUUUUGGU